AGCAGCUUCCCGUAGGCGGUCUCCUAGCAACAAAGUUCUUCGGUUCUAGACCUGGUAGAAGGGUUCUUCUAUGGCCGAUGAUGAUGAUGAUUUGGACAAACUACUGGACGAGGUGGAGAGUAAAUACUGUCAGCCUCAAGCUGGGACCAGAGGAGCUGCGGGCAGGACGGCUGGAGGUGGCAAGAGGGAGCUUGGGAGGUCUAAGAACACAGUUGUGAACGUGUCCACUGAUGAGGAAGAUGUUGAUAAUUUGAUUGAGGAUAUACUUGAUGAUCACCUACACAAAGACAACAAGGCACAUAGGACAAAACCUGCAAACCAAAAGCCCAGUAAUAUAGCCAAUCAACCACAUAAUAAAAAAUGUUGUCCAGUCUACCUUGGUGGGACCAUGAUUUCCUUUGGUUUUGGGACACAUAUAUCAGAACGGGCUUGCAGCCAGCUGCGCUGUACCAGCUGUGACUUCAGUGUUUUGUCAUUUGAUGACUACAAAUGGGACUCUUCCUGCGACUACCUCUUCUUCAGGAACAGUAUGCCUGAACACAGCAAGCUGCAGUCAAAGAUGAUAAGGAAGAAGGGAACUCGAGCCUAUGCCUGUCAGUGCAGCUGGAGGUCGGUCUAUGAACUGACAGACCUCUCCAAAGAACUGCAGCUCCGAUGGGUUUGCGGCAAGCAUUCUGAGUGAUGGGUCCAUGUGAAGGCUGGAUGUACAAUAUCAGGGACAUGAAGAACAAUUCCACCUGUAAAAGAGAAAUGUG